AUGAUCAUACCGAUUCCGCAGUUGACUACAUUUACCCUCCUCCGUGCUUGUCGUCCGUCUGUCUCUCGUCCAGAUCCCAUUCUGUAUCUGCCUAUUGGUCGAUCUGCUCGUAGUCGUCUUGUGCGGUGGCGUCUUGGACGUUUCACCAAUAUGCGUGAAGAAUGUCCGUGCACUACCGGUGAGUUUAUCUCCCGAGAUCACUUUCUGACAUGUCGCGCUCUGGACCGUACCUUUUUUGAUGCUUUGCCACCUGCUCCACCUGGUAUCCAUCGCAUUGAUCAUGCUCUGAACUGUCUUCCAGACAAAGCUUCAGCUGGUCCACCGUACUUUUGGUCUGCUUUGCUCCUUUUGUUGCAUGCCAUUGAUUGCCUUGUGCAUCCUCUGGCUGUGAUCCCACCAGAUCCAGAUCCUGGAUCGCUCUGGUUUUCUGCUCAUUGA